CGAACAGCUGAUGGCGGCGGCGGCGGCGGCGGCAGGAAGAAGGUGUGUUUUAUACGUGACUCCCACCACCACCGAGGGCGAUGUGGACCGCAUGGCGCAUGCCGCUGGAGAAGGCCCCCUGCGAUGUGGGCUUCACGGAAGCCAUCAACAAGAGUAUGCAAGUUCCCAGCCGGCUCAGGGUAGCAGAUGACUCCAGCGCAGGAGACCCCAAGGAGAGGCUGCUGCUAGAGGGCUUCUCUCCAUCUUUUCAGAUGCAUGUCCCUGACAGGCUCUUGCUGGCAGAAAUGACGGACGCAGCUUUCAGUCCUCUCUUGGGGAGCCAGCUCCGGCAGCAUUUCCCGGUUGUCGACGAUCCUCUUCUAGAACCGGCUGUCCAGACGAUGAUGUAUGGGGAGCAUCCGUUUCUGAGCUUUGCCUCCCACGCUGGAUCUCAGAAACGCAAACGACUGGCACAUCAAGGCAGAGCCCGGAAGGAGAGAGUGCUGGUGGAGAGCCCCCAGCUGGCCCCAGGGGAUGUCAGGCAGAGGCAGGAAUGGCUGGAGACCAGCGUGCCCCCAGCCAGCUGGAGCCAAGCGCGCCCCCUGCCUCCACCCCCUCAGUGUCCUCCAUUCCCUUUGGAGGGCAGGAUCUACUCCCUGCAGAAUGUCCUUCAGGCGCUGCACUUCCUGGGGCACCAGCUGUUCCAGCUGUUUCGGAAGCCCUGCCAAGCCCCACUCAGUUCCCGGGAGGUGAACCUGGUCUUGGAAACGUCCUUAGAUGAGUUUGGCACCACAGACAUCCUGGCCAUGAGGAGGCAGCUGAUCAGGAUCUCUGGGAGGCUCCGGGCGCUGGAAGAGCAGUGCGUGGGCUGGCGCCAGAAGGAGUUGCUGCUCUACUCUGUGCUGGUCUCGACUUGUCUCCUCAAUGCGUGGCUUUGGCUACGGAGAUGAAA